AGCGGGUGUGGCUGGGGUAUAAAUGGCUGUGCACGCCAGGUAGAAGCACGGAACGGCUCGCGGAUCGUCAUGAAGUGUUGGGCGAUAGCAGCAUUAGUGGUGGCAGCUGUGGGAUCACCGCUUCCACACGAAGACUGUAAACAUGAAAUUAUUACAUACAGUGGAGCGGUGCCCAUUGGGUCACUACAUGCAGGGCAUUAUGUAGCAGUACCGGCACACCAUUACCAGGCAGCAUAUUCAGUAGGUGCCGCACCAGCUGUUGUGUCUUAUGCUGCAGCGCCUGCAUCCUCUGUUUCCCAUGUACUACAUCAGUCCGUCCAGCCUACACCAGAAGUGCAAAGAGAAACUGCUGCUUUUAUGGCUGCAUGGAAUGAGGCUGCUGCACGAGCAACUCAGAUCCAAAGAACUCUUGUUAGAUCUGCACCCUCUGGCACUUACAGCAUUCAAAUUCCAAAGCAAGUAGAAGCAACUGAAGAAGUAAAGCGGGCAACUGCUCAGUUUAUGGCAGCUUGGAACAAAGCUGCUCGACGUGCAACUGUUGUUGAACAAGCAGUGUACUCUUUGCCACAGCCUGUGCAACCAACUGAAGAUGUAAAAAGAGCUACUGCUGAAUUUAUGGCUGAAUGGGAAAGAGCUGCUCAACAGGCUUCAGCAAUUAGACAGGCAGUAUCUUACACUGCCACCCCUUAUUCUGGAGUCCCACGACAGGUAGAGGCUACUGAUGAAGUCAAGAGAGCUACUGAAGAGUUCUUGGCAGCUUGGAAUAAGGCCGCAGCACGUGUGCCUACCAUUCAGACCACUCUCUACCACAUUACUGGAACCACCCCAUCUUCAGGAGUACCAACAAUUGUUGGUGGUGUUCCCCAGUUUACUCCCGAAGUUGCCCAUGCAACAGCCGAAUUCACGAAGGUUUGGAAUGCCGCUGCUGCAGCUGCCGCAGCAGCCCCUGAUGUUAACAUAAUUAUGGGAUCCAGAUCACAUUCUGGAUAUCACCAUGCGCCUGCAGCUGUAUCGUAUGCUGCAGCUUCUUUCCCUGCUUCAUCAUAUGCACUGCCUCAGCCUGUCCAGCCUACUCCGGAAGUACAGAGUGCUACAGCUGCAUUCAUGGCUGCUUGGAAUGCAGCUGCUCAGCGAGCAACAAAGCUACAGGCAACCUUGGUGAAAUCUGGUGAUACUGUGGAACUUCCUCGUCAAGUAAAAGAAACCGAUGCAGUAAAGCAGGCUACUGCAGAGUUUAUGGCUGCAUACAAUGCAGCUGCUCGACGUGCAACUGUUGUAGAACAAGCGGUGUCCACUUUACCCCGGCAAAUUAGUCAAACUGCUGAUGUCGAGAAAGCUACCGCUGAAUUCAUGGCUGCCUGGCAUGCAGCCGCCCAAAGAGUAUCAACUCUUAGAGACUCGGUAUCAACUGCAUAUUCUGCUCCUCAGCAGGUGAAGCCUACUCCGGAAGUUCAAAGAGCUACAGCUGAGUUCAUGGCUGCAUGGAAUGAGGCGGCAGCACGAAUUCCCAAGAUCGAGACGACCCUGUACACUCUUUCUGGAUCAGCGGCUCUUGAUUCAGCACGGUCUCCACAACCUGUGUCAGAUACACCUGAAGUUAAAGCAGCUAAAGAGGCUUUCUUGGCUAAAUUCCGUGCUGCUGAGGCAGCGGCUACUCGAGCAUCCAGAGUCCGUGGUGUUCUUCCAGUUCCCACUGUGUGGAGUGCUACUCCUAUUCAACACAUAGCAUACAGCGGAGGCGCCCUACACCAAACCUAUUCCAUCAGUGACCGUAUCUUCGCUCCCUUCUCUGGUCAACCCAUCUACUUGAAGGACUGUCCACAUUAAUUAAACAUUCGUGUUCCUGCCGAACCGUCAAUUUCCAUACUAGUAUCUAUUACAAUGUAUUUUUUUACCAAGUGUGUUUGUACAUAAAGAACGCAAGAUUGGAAAUAAUAAAGUUGUGUCAUUGAUGCCUUUAUACAUUUGCUUUACUGGGAGACAAAUAGCGCAAAGCCGACAAGUGGCGACAAACACAACUGCAGAGAGGAGCCUGAUUGAGACGUUUCACAUGUGAACAGGUUUUCAGUUAAGGAGAAACGUCUCGGUAAAGUUCCUUUUUGUAAUUGUCAUUCAACUUUUGCUAUACUUCUUUAGCUAUGACUUUCAAUGCACUUUAUGUAUUUGCUUGGACUAGUUUCAGAAUAAUAUUAAACAAACUUUUUAAACGUAUGUAAUAUAAGAGAAGCUUCACACUACUGGAAAUAAAAUUGUGGAAACUUUCUAAAUAUUAAAAUUUAUAAUAACA